AUGGAACAGAAGUUCAUUCUGGAAGUCGAAGUCUUUUAUUGCUGGGGGAUAGAUUUCAUGGGUCCUUUCUCAUCCUCAUACGGAAACAAGUAUAUACUAGUCGCUGUAGACUACAUAUCCAAAUGGGUUGAAGCAGUAGCUUCCCCAACCAACAACGCAUCUGUAGUUACUAAGCUUUUCAAGAGCAUAAUCAUUCCGCGGUUUGGAGUUCCUAGAAUAGUCAUUAGUGACGGUGGAACCCAUUUCACCAAUAAGGUCUUUGAUGGAUUGCUUAAAAAGAACGAUGUUCAGCAUAGAGUAGCUACGCCCUACCACCCACAAACCAGUGGACAGGACCGCCUAGAAGACACCGUUGGGAACAACACCAUUCCACCUCCUUUAUGGCAAAUCCUGUCAUUUACCAGUCGAACUAGAGCAUAA